AUGGCCCUUCUAAAGACGUCCUUGACCUUAUCCCGAGAUUUAAUCAACCUUACCUGUAGGUCAAAUUUGUCCCAAAGCUACCCGGCCUUCAUAUGUGUCAAGGCUGCUCUAAACAAAGGCAGCAGCAAUUUUACGUUUGCCGUCUAUAGGAAUGCUAUUGCGGCUGUUCUUUUGGCACCUUUCGCCUUAUUUUUAGAGAGGAAAAUCAGGCCGAGAAUGACGCUGAGUGUUUUCAUCAAGAUCUUGCUACUUAGCUUAUUCGACCCGAUUAUCGGUCAGAACAUGUUCUAUGCGGGCAUGCGAUAUUCUUCGGCCACGUUUGCUGCAGCUAUGUGCAAUCUUCUUCCUGCACUAACUUUUGUAGUGGCAUGGAUUCUCAGGUUUGAGAAGGUGGAUUUAAAAAGUAUACGCAGCCAUGCAAAGAUUAUGGGGACUUUGGUGACAGUAGGAGGAGCGAUGGUUAUGACUCUGAUUAGCGGGCCGAUAAUAGGAUUACCAUGGACACACAAAGCCCGUGAUAGUCGUGCUUCAACCAAUCCUAAUGACAAGGAGGACCCGGUUAAGGGAGCCAUGAUGAUCACCGUUGGAUGUCUCGGUUAUGCCCUGUUUUACACUCUUCAGGCCAUCACGUUGAAGUCGUAUCCUGCGGGACUUUCGCUGACGACUUUAAUAUGUACACUUGGAGCCUUGCUCGGGACCAUUCUGACUUUCUUGGUCGAGAAGGCAAACACUUCGGUGUGGGCCCUUGGAUGGGAUGCCAAGCUUUUGGCUUAUGUUUAUGGUGGAGUGGUGUCGUCUGGAAUAACGUAUUAUUUAUCCGGGGUGAUAAUGAAGACAAAGGGACCGGUUUUCGUGACGGCGUUUAAUCCAUUGGCCAUGGUCAUCAUCGCAAUUUUAAGCUCUUUCAUUUUCGCCGAGCAAAUGACAGUAGGAAAGGUAAGUGGAGCUACAGUUAUCGUAAUCGGGCUAUACAUGGUAAUUUGGGGUAAGAGCAAGGACCAGAAAGUAAAUGAACUAACUGAGCAAGAUAAGCCAGAGACGAAACCUUCAAGUUCAACCGAUGAGGCCAAAGCUAUAAUGGUCUGA